AUGCGUCCUGCUGUGCUCUCAGCUGCUCCUCGAGCCCGCGUACAAGUUCGUUUCGCGACUCAAGGUUACGGUUCCGGUCAGGGCAACCCAGCUGGAGAGUCACCACAGAAGCAGGGCGAGAACCCCAGCGAGAACCUCGAGCACCCCGGUCCUCCACCCCCCAAGGUUGCUCAGGGCCAGUCUUCUUCAUCCCCGAACAAGGACAGCAACUCCAAGCAAAACGAGUCUCCUAAGCUGACCUCAGAGUCUCCGGCCCCUUCCACGAACAAGGGCUCUUCAGGCAAGCGCGAAUUCUCCACAUUUGCACGCCAGAUGAAAGACAACAAAGAGCCAACCGUCGCCCAGGGUAAACACAACGAGCCUAGCCCCAACCAAGUCAAAGGUGCGCAACCCAAGAUACUGAACGAGAACCCUCCUUCCGCCGAAGAAGAGAGCCAGGAUGUAAAGGAGCACAACAAGGACAUGAGUAACAGGGCGGAACAGGCGCAUGAGCGGGUUAGCAACGAGGAUGCUGAAAAGGACAAAGUACCGAGUGGCUUCUGGAAAGGCGAAGGCGGGCGAGGUGGUUCCGAGGGCGUCAAGUCAUAA